GGAAAAUCCCCGGAUUGGACCGUAAACAAGACGCACGAGCCAGAGAGUCAGGGGCGGACAGAUGAUCCUGCUGCGGGCCGACGCGGAGCGGGAGGAACACCGCGACGCCGUCUCAGGGCAGCAUCCAGCGCUUCCUGGGGACAAGCAAAGGAGGCUCCACUGAAUUCUGAGUGCGAGACAGAAAGAAGAAAAAGAAGGAAGGUCUGCAAAACCCAAGGGCAUCAUUGUCCACAGCCCAGCCUUUAUAGACUAUGGUGGACAUUUCAAAUCUCCCCUUUCUUGACCACCCAGGAGAGGCGGUGGAGGAUUAAAUCACAUGCUCCAUCAAGAGUGAUCACAACGCCCUUGAAUCCUUUCUGGGAGCAUAGAGACUUUCCCCAGUUAUUUGCUUACCUCAGUCAAAGGAAGUUUUCUGAUACAAGUCAGAAGCGACUAGUGCUUUUCCAUUGAGGGCCCGGUUAAAAGAGACCCGGCCACGGCCCACUGGAGGGUCCCAGAGAAGCUUUUGGGGAACUUGGAGUUGGAGGAGGCGAUGGGUAACAAGAACGCCACCCUGCCGAAAGGUCCCGACGCUGCGACGACGCAUAAAGAGGAAGGGGUGUGCGUCGACAGUGCCACAGGAAGUGUCUCCGGAGAUGGACUGGCGGGCCCCAGCCCAGAGCUGCUGGCCUCCCUGCAGUCCCUCAGAGAAAACAGCGACUACACACUGCUGCCUCACUCCCUGCACCAGAUUGCAGAGGCCUACUCGCUCAAAGAGGACUACCAGUGGGCCAUCCAGUUCCUACAGCUGGAGAAGCUCUACCAUGAACGUCUGCUGUCCAACCUCGCCGCCCUGCAGGAGAACUGGGAGAGCCAGUGGAGAGAGAAGAAAACCGCUGAGAGCAGCUUGCCCGCUGAGACCGACGGCAUCGACCAGAAACAUAUUGAGACCCUGAGCCAGAUCUGCAGGACACACCUCAGACCGUCCAACAGUGUGGAACAGAAAAUGCUGAAUACAACACUGAAAGACCUUCAGGGCAAGAACGAGACACUACAAUCCUGUCAUCAUAAAGCCAACGAGCCUGAAACAACACACCAGGAGGGCGAACAGGAGCAAAGCCUGCAGAGCUCAGACUCUGAACCUCCCUUACCACAGACGGGCCAUCAGGGGGGAGGUGAGGAGGAGGAAGGAGGAGAGGAAGAGAUGUACGAGGAAGGACAGGAAGUAGAAGAGGAGGAGGAGAAGCCGUGUGAGGAGACACCAGAGGAAGAGGAGGUGAAGGUGGAGUGGCCGACAGGAGUCCCCCAGGCUUCAGACAAGGACCUGGCCAAGCUGUCCCACACAGAGGGGAGUUCCUCCCCAGAGGGACUGGUCUCCAUCCUGAAGAGAAGGAGAGCAUCUCUGGACGGACUGCCUCCCCCAAGCAACGUCACUAAACAGAACUCUAAACGCAAAGUUCGCUUCAGUGAGCCAGAGGACGGCAUCGAGCAGGAUGAGGUUGGUGGAGACUCCUGCCUGAUCCUGCUGCUGCUCUGUCUGGUUACCGUGGUGAUCAGCAUUGGCGGGACCGCCCUCUACUGCACCCUGGUGGACACGUACUCCAACAUUUGCACCGACUUCACUCACAACGUCGACUUCUACGUCACGACCGUGCGGAGGUUCUUUGAGGGGCUCAGACACUGGCUGCCGCUCCGGACUUAGACUCCGUCAUGUGCAGUCCAGAUGUUGGUGCUGUGACGGGCGCGGCCACUCCAAUCGGCUGUUUGGAGUCAACGUGAGAGGCACGGCACCUGCAGGGGUCAUCUGAUGCCGCCUCCCUGACUCUUUAACUGUGUCUCCUGCAGUGACAGGAGCUUCAGCCCUUUGACUCACUCAUGAAUUUGAGCUGUCAGUCCAAGAUUUCUGUAUAACUGCUGGGUGCUCAAAGCAACACCGAACAGUGAAAACUGUCGAGAUCCUCAAGCGUGCAUGUUGUGAGAGUUCACAGCUCUUGUUUACUACUGUUUGUAUAGAUACUGCGUCUCAAGCUGAUCCUGACAGAUGCGACACAAGAAGGCGCUCAACUCUCACGAUAUUUAUAUUUUAGCAGAGGUAGUAGUUUAUCUGUGUGCCUGUGUUUCCCUCACAGUUGUCGCUGUGUAUUCGUUUCUCUCCUGCUCUCAUUCUGGUGGUUUUAUUUUCACAUAUUCAGACAGAUGCUGCCAUCACACUCAUUAGGAUUGUAUGUGUGUGUGUUUUCUUUUGGAUGAUUAAUUCAAAUGAGGAUUAUUUCCUCUUUAAAUUCACGUUACCAUUAUCUUUUCCUCUGUUGACCCAUCUCUGUUAUAUCCUGCAGGGCUGUACAGUUAGAGCAGAAAUUUUACACGGCACAACGACAAAGAUUUAUAUUACUUUGAAAAACCCUGAUUCCAGAUACAGAUGAGCCGUUCCUGCCUUUACGACAAGAUCCUCGUGUUUACCUCAGCACAAACGGUGACUCAUAACAUUCCUCUUACCAUCUUGAUAUGACCAGGAGCAUUGUACUGUAUGUGAUUCUGGUAAAUGUACAACAUGAUCGAUUAAAA